UACUCUUUAUAUACAAUUCUUCUCUUGUAUCACUAGGCAUCAAUUAAUCUCUUUAAUCGUACUGUCCGAACCAGUUUGCGUGCAUUUCACAGGGUAUCUGCUACCUUCAACCAACAUAGUUUGAGAGCAAAGCAAGAUGGAGAAGAAGAGAAGCAAGGAGACUUCUCUAAUCCUGUGGGCUACAGUUGCUGCAUUACUCUUGCAGAAUUUGGUCAUUCCUGUAAUUUCUUGCAGAAGUCCUCCAAGAAAUUCGCGAACACCUCCAUCACAUGGCUCAGGAGGUGGCUCUGGAAAAUCGCCUUCACAUGGAAGCGGUAGCCAUGGAGGAACACCACCGGCUAACUGUGGUAAUCCCCCAAGUGGAGGGGGUGCAGGUGCGGGCGGGCAGACUCCCACACCAACUCCUCCUUCGGGAGGCACUGGAAGUGGUUACUCUACGCCAUCCCCUCCAACUUCUGCUGGAAGUCCUCCAAGUACUCCAACACCAAGUACCCCUACUACACCUACCACCCCCUCCACCCCACCAAGCACUCCGGAUAUCUCCGUACCAUCACCUCCAAUUGACCCCAAUUCACCACCUUCUGGAGGUGGUGGUUACUAUCCCUCCCCUCCAACUUCUGGUGGAACGGCACCAACUACUCCUAUCAUAAGCCCUGACACUCCUAAUACUCCCGAUAUAUCCACGCCUUCAACUCCAUUUGACCCCAAUUCACCACCUUCUGGAGGGGGUUACAAUCCCUCCCCUCCAACUUAUGGUACCCCUUCCACACCAACUACUCCUAUCAUAGGCCCUGACACUCCGAGCACUCCCGAUAUAUCCACGCCUUCAACUCCAUUUGACCCUAAUUCACCACCUUCUGGAGGAGGUAGUUACUAUCCCUCCCCUCCAACUUCUGGUGGAAGCUCACCAACAACUCCUAUCAUAAGCCCUGACACUCCGAGCACUCCUGAUAUAUCCACACCUUCAGCUCCAUUUGACCCCAAUUCACCACCUUCUGGAGGUGGUUACUCUCCCUUCCCUCCAAGUUUUCCUACACCUAGUACCCCCACUAUACCCAUAAUUCUCCCACCAACUACUCCUAUCAUCAACCCAGGCAUCCCAAGCACUCCUGGUAUCUACUUACCUCCACCUCUAUUCGAUCCAAACUCACCACCUUUCCCGAUCAAUUACUGGACGACUAACCCAACUUUAAUAUGGGGCUUGUUUGGAUGGUGGGCAACUGUUGGUAGUGCAUUUGGUGUGCCUGCAGGUGCUCCGGGGCUCGGGCCAAACUUCAACCUGCUGCAAGCACUUUCAAACCCUCGUACUGAUGGCCUCGGGGAACUCUACAGGGAAGGAACAGCUUCAUUGUUGAACUCCAUGGUGAGCAAGAAGUUCCCUUACACUACUAAACAAGUUAGGGAUAGUUUUGUUGCAGCACUUAGUUCAAACAAGGCUGCUGCAGCUCAGGCACAGCGAUUCAAGUUAGCAAACGAGGGUCGAGUAAAGCCUAGAGUUUGAAACACCAUGUUUCAAAAAUCACCCUUUAUCUUGCACUCAUGUCCAGUUUCAUUAUGAUUUCCUGUGAGUUUAAUUUAGGGGUUAAUUUUCAUGUUUCAACAGGAUACUAACUUAUGUUCAGGCAUAUGUAAAAUAUUACUUUGAUGUUUUACAUGUGUGAAUUCUGUAUCCAGAUUUGAGUAACAUUAGAUUGUCUCCUUUGUGAAGAAACCAUAUAUCCAAAUAAACAAUAUCAUA